UUGAUGUAAUGUUAACAUCAAUAAUAGGUUCGGAGCAGUUAGAAGGAAUGGAAUCUGUAUACGACUCCGAUAAUCCUUUUGUGGGAAACAAAACGGAGGAUGUUAUCGUUAGCAUUGAUAAGGCAGCAAAUAACAUCAGUGCUAAGCAAUCUCUGGAUAAGAGCGAGGAGUUUGAAUACAUCAAGAACACAUCCAACACAGCUACUACUUCGAAAAAUUGGAGUACAUACACGCCUGCAGAUUUAAAAGCUCCUAAAUGUAAAAAACUUAUAAUCGACGAAUCGCAAAGCAAAGAGAAAAAUACAUCAUGGUCGAAGCUGGCCGCUGUUAAAUCAAAAUGGACCGGAGAAAAAUGCCGCGUAGAGAUUGAAAUAUUAAAAGCUGAACAUGAAAAGCGAGUAAAGAUGUACGAGCAACAUAUAAAGCAAUCUGAAGUGGAACACAAAAUGCGUAUGAGAAUUAUGAAAGAGCAAUUAAAGGAAAUUCAAUAGCGCAAUCUUCAAUUGGAA